GACAUGGCAAGUAAGGCUGGUCUUACUAUGCCCAGUCCGAAUGGAUAAGCGCAUUGACGAAUACCGCCUAGCAUCCUUGUUUCAGGAAACUCUAUUCCAUGCAAAGAUGUCGUUAGCCUCUGAGUUACCAUUUGCAAGUAUCAAAGACCCCCUUUAUAAGCGAACUAACGUAUCUUGGGCUCGACUAUAAUCCCUCCCCAUGCUCUUCACCCAUAUUCUCGCUUUAGGAAUACUGUGUGUUAUUGCCCUGGUUGUCGCUUCGGGUCUAACUCGCAGACGCGUCUAUCCUUUACCUCUGCCACCAGGUCCUCGUCCGUUACCAAUUUUGGGUAACGCGCUGCAAUUGGACACUAAACGUCCUUGGCUCACAUAUACUGCGUGGGGAAAGACAUAUGGAAAAAUCAUUCACUCCCGUAUGCUUGGGAUCGACUUGAUCAUCAUAAACUCCGAAACCAUCGCGCGUGAGUUGCUGGACAAGCGUUCUGCGAAUUACUCUACUCGCCCUGUUAUUCCCACCAUCGAAUUAGCUGGACUGGCCUUCAAUACUGCAUUCCUUCCGUACGGAGACACUUUACGACAACAUCGCAAGAUCUUCCAUCAAGUCCUCAGGGCCGAAGUCUCGGACUCAUACCACGAGAUGUACUCUCGCUACGCAAAUGAACUAGCCAUCAAUCUCUUAGGUGCUGCUAGUGACCUACUACAGCAACACACUCGAACAUAUACGGCGUCCCUAAUCAUGGCCGUGACAUACGGACACCUUGCUCGUGGACGUGAUGACCCGUUUCUUACCCGUGCGCACGAACUCACUGAGAUUAUCAAAAAUAUUGUUUCUCCCGAGAAGACUGCCAUGUUCACAGCCUUUCCUUUCCUCGAAAAGCUGCCAUUUUGGUGCUUCGGUGGAGCAUUUGCACGGAUGGGACGGUGUAGAGAGUUAUGUCAACAGCUUUUGAAUGAGCCCUUUGACGAAGUGAAGGCACAGAUGGCAAAUGGUACUACUUCACACUCAUUAGUCACUGACUUUCUCAGUCAAGCUCACGACGACGCUGACGAAGAAACGAUGAAGGCUGUUGCGUUGAUGGCAUACAUAGCUGGCAUGGAGACCACUGCAUCUGCAUUACAGAAAUUCCUGCUGGCUAUGGUGCUCUACCCUGACGUCCAAGCCCGUGCUCGUGCAGAAAUUGAUCAAGUUGUGAGGCAUGAUAAAAUGCCGUGUCUUGAUGAUAGGGUGUCACUGCCCUACCUUGACGCCAUUCUCCGCGAGGUCAUGAGAUGGUAUCCUAUCAGCCCCUUAGGAGCUCCACACGCGACAUUAAAUGAUGACGUUUACGGCGGGUACUUUAUACCUAAAGGUGCGGUAGUAAUGGUUAAUCAGUGGGCACUGUCUUGGGACGAAGACAUGUUUCCCGAUCCAUCACGCUUCGAUCCUAGUCACCAUCUGACGGUCGACGGGAAGCUGAAGGAUCCUUUCGUCAACCAUUUUGCCUUUGGUCAUGGGAGGCGUAUUUGUCCUGGUCGUUGGUUUGCAGAUAAUAGUUUGUGGACUGCAGCAUCUGCCAUACUCGCCGUCUUGCGCAUCGAUCAUGCCAAAGACUCGAACGGAGACAGGAUUGAGGUGAAGCCGAAGUUCUGCACCGGCGUGGUGGUUCGCCCUGAACCAUUUCACUGCUCGUUUGAAAGCGUGAACACAGCGAGAGAAGGACAUCUUCGAGCGAUGAUGAAUUCGAAGUAGGAGUCGUUUGUACUUUUGGUGGUCUGUCAUAUAAUAGCACAUGGUUGUAACAACGACACAGUCUACUGGAUGGCAACGUUUUGCG